UCCAUUUCCCUUUCCUUCCCCCAUUCCUCCCUCUCCUGCUCCUGGGCUCCUGCGCAGCUUGUCCUGUUCUGGAGGAGGUGAGGCGCCUGUUGUUCUGGGACCCCCCAGACCUGGCAUGGAGAGCCUGGAGGAGUGCGGAGAGGACGCCGCGCUGGAGCCCUGCAGGACCCCCCAGGCCUCUGUGACGUUCAAGGAUGUGGCCGUGGACUUCACCUGGGAGGAGUGGAGGCUCCUGGACCCUCCCCAGAAGGAGCUGUUCUGGGAGGUGAUGCUGGAGAACUACAGGAACCUGGUCUGCCUGGGCCUUGCUGAUUCAAACAAGGAUGUGAGGAUCUCUGAGCUAGAGUCAGAGGAACCACAUUGGAUUCCAACUGGUGGUGUCCUAAGAAGCGGCUGGCCAGUAUGGGACUAUAAGAACAUGAGAGCAUUUGUUAAAUUGCAGGUGACUAUCCUGGUAGAUUAUGUCUGA